AUGACCACCAUUUUCAAAUUGCAAGACGAUCACAUCAAUGACCUGGUCUCGAUCAAUAAAUUAACAACGGAACAAUUGGAGGAGCUUUGCAAGUUAUCGGUAGAUUUUAUCAUCAGCGGAUCUGUGAAAAAAUCAAUUCAACAAACAGCAGCCAGUUUGUCUUUGGACAAGGAUGAAUCCGAAAAAACAAUCACUAGUUUGUCAUACUUGUAUUCCGAUUGUGCAAAAGCUAAUUUAGAUUCAAGCAAAUUUCAAUUAACUAUCUUUGACAUUCCAUCACUCGCCGACAUUCAUGCCAAUAUUUUACUGAAACACUAUGAACAAAACUUUGAAAAAUUCCGUACUCUAUUUACAAAGGCAAACAGCACUGAAUCAUGCUAUGGACUCAGUACAAUGCCGCAAUAUAAGGAUCUUGAGUGGAGAUUUGAAAUGGAAUGUGAUAGACGAAGUGUCCGACAAUUAUUGGAACCUUAUUUCACUCUCAAGCUCAUCACUUCCACAACAACUGGCGAUGAGAAAAACACCCAAGCUCAAUACUUUAACUGUUCCCUUCAUGAACUGAAACACAUGCAUGAUGUAUUGGGAGAGGCAUUAAAGGAAAUGAAAUCUCCACACACCAGAAGAAUCAAAUACUACAUUAAAUAA